AGCGAGCUGAGGCUGAGCUGCCUGCCUUCUCCUCCACACCAAACCUCCUCAACAUUCCGUCUGCAAGUUUUCUGCUUUGCUUCCUACCCAAUCUCCACACCUCUAUUCUCUUUCUUCUUCUUCUUCUUCUUCUUCUUCUUCCUCCCCCUUUUCCUCUCUGUUUCCUCUCUUUCUUUCCCCCUCGUUUUUCUUUUACCUUUCGUUUCCUUCCAGAGUCUCGACCUACUGCAACUUCUCCCUUCUUUCUUUUAUCAAACUCCACCUCCUCUCUUGCUUUCUGUCACUUUCCAGAGAAAGAAAUAAGAGUCAACUAACCCAACAACCCAGGCCAUUUGCGCCCAACUCCUCCUUCAGGCCGAAAGAAAGAAACUUGCAGCCUCCCCUGCCAAAUUUUGGGGGGAUCCGGAACUUGCUUGUUUAAGCUUCUUUCUUCCUCUGGAAGAGCCUUCGGAGAUUCUGAAGCCGUCUGAUGGUUAUCAGCACUUCUUUUGCUUCGUCUAUGUGAUUGCUGCUGCAACCAGGGAAAUCUUCAACUUCAAUUUGUUUCCUCUAUUGGUUUGGAAAAAUGGGCAACUGCUUAGAUUCUUCUGCCAAAGUUGAUGCUAGCCGGAGUUCGCACAAUAUCCAUACUGGAUCAGCAGCCUCGAAAGUUUCCAGUAAAACCAGCGGCCGGUCUUCAGCACCUUCCAGCCUGACCAUUCCAUCCUACAGUGGUAGGAGCAGUGAGUGUCUUCCUACACCGAGGAGCGAAGGUGAAAUACUGUCAUCCCCGAACUUGAAGGCCUUCACAUUCAGUGAGUUGAGGAAUGCCACUAGAAAUUUCCGGCCCGAUAGCUUACUAGGAGAAGGCGGAUUUGGAUAUGUCUUCAAAGGCUGGAUUGACGAGAACACCAUGACAGCUGCAAAGCCUGGAUCCGGCAUGGUUGUUGCAGUUAAGAAGCUUAAACCUGAAGGUUUCCAGGGCCACAAGGAGUGGCUGACGGAAGUUAAUUAUCUCGGCCAACUUCAUCAUCCAAAUUUGGUUAAGCUCAUUGGAUACUGCCUAGAGGGUGAGAACAGACUUUUAGUGUACGAGUUCAUGCCUAAAGGGAGUCUGGAGAAUCACCUGUUCAGAACUAACUUCAAUGUUUCUUGUACUACAGGAGGACCGCAGCCACUUCCAUGGGCCGUGAGAAUGAAAGUUGCUAUUGGUGCAGCUAGAGGUCUUUCUUUCCUUCAUGAUGCAAAAUCCCAAGUCAUCUACCGAGAUUUCAAGGCUUCCAAUAUUCUUCUAGAUGCGGAUUUCAACGCCAAGCUGUCCGAUUUUGGGUUGGCGAAGGCAGGUCCUACAGGUGACAGAACUCAUGUCUCCACUCAGGUCAUGGGAACUCAAGGAUACGCAGCACCUGAAUACGUCGCUACAGGACGGCUGACUGCAAAGAGCGACGUGUACAGCUUUGGCGUCGUCCUGCUGGAAUUGCUUUCAGGACGUCGUGCUGUGGACAAAUCCAAAGUCGGCGUGGAGCAAGUUCUGGUGGACUGGGCGAAACCUUACUUGAGUGACAAGCGGAAGCUGUUCCGAAUCAUGGACACGAAGCUGGGAGGUCAGUACCCACAGAAAUCGGCGGUGACAGCAGCUCACUUGGCCUUCCAGUGCUUGAGCAACGAGGCGAAACUCAGGCCUCGAAUGUCGGAGGUAUUAGCGACCUUGGAACAAAUAGAUAUUCCGAAGAGCGCAGCCAGGAACUUGGUAUCGGAAUACCAGAACGGAGGACUUAGCUCUCCGGUACAAAGGUCGCCAUUAAGACCUCAUCAUUCUCCUCUCCACUUGACUGCAAACGCUGCUUCCCCGUUGAAAGGGCAACGGCUUUCCCCAAGAGUGCGUUGACGGGAGAUCAAAGGAGAGUUGGCAUUAAUGAUUUGAAUAUCAUCUGUAAAGGUUUUAUGUAGCUUUGGUUAUGAGGGUGCUGUUGUUGUAGAAUGUAAUUUAGAGUGUGUAACGUGUAAUAUUGAUGCCAAUUUUGUAACGAUAAGUGACAGGUGAUGAGAAUCUGUUAAUGUCAGUUACUUGGAAGAAAUAUCUUUAUUACUAAUAAUGUAGGUAUUUGAGCUUAUCA